AUGUCAACUGAAUUAUACAACUACGAUAUAGCACAGGAAAGUUACAAAGACAAUAUUGAAAAGGACCAUAUUAAUGAAUUGCGAUGGCUUAUCAAGGAUAUAAUUAAACCAGAUUUACCAUAUAUAAUUGACGAAGUGGAAUAUUGUUUAACUGUACUAAAUAGUAAUGAAAUAUCACGAAUGCCGAUUACUACUGGUGGCUUGGCGAGCGAUCCAAAUGCACCUCAAAUACAAGGCAUAAUAACUCGACAAGGACCUUAUAUACUAGAUAUACAGUUUACAAUUAAGUUUACACAUUAUAAAAAAGGUCAAUUGAUUUCAUUCCAAGGAAAUCCAGAUAUGAGUGCCGCAACACCUAUGGAAAAAUAUGGGAUAUUACAAUUACAAGUAGCCAACAAGAAAUUAUCAGAAAUGCUAAAAACUUUAGAGGAUUUAGAAAUGAUAAAUGAUGAUGAAAAGUUUGUUCAGCUUUUUGGAAUGAUUUUAAGCUCUUUAACCCAAUUAAUUAAUAUCUUACAGAAUCCCCCGAACGAAUUAAAUUUCCCUUUUGAUAAUAAUAACAUUUUGAAACAUUUCUAUCACAAAAGUUAUAGUGAGCUCUGCGAAUCCAUACAUCACUUAUUAAGUUUAGAAGUUGUACUUAGUGGGAAUAAAUUCAUUCUUGAUUUCAGAAAUUUGGAUAAAGUGGUGAAGAAACCAUGGUGCGAAAUAGAUCCCAAUACUGGUAAGUCUCUGGUUGACAAAAUUAAAGAACAGCAGAGGAGAGAACGAAGAAAGAAACUGCAAGAUAUAUUAAUAGAAAACGAUAUCGCGGUAGAAGAAGCUAGUUUAUUGAACAAUAUAAUGCAAUCCACGUUCAAUAAAGAAUCUACCACUUUGCAAAAGGCCCAAUUUUUCACUAGCAGGUGUGUUACUUUCGAUGGUAAAGUGAUAAUGGAAUUAGAAAAAACAUCUACGUCAUGUAGUGACCAACCAUUAAUAAAUUUAACGAAUAAACUUAACGAAUUAGAAGAAAAACUAAGUAAUCACUUUAAUAAUCUAUCUAUAUAG